CAAACAACGUAGUAUAUUGGUGUGACAAAAAAAUAUGGUUCCUGAUGCCCUAAUCCUGGCGGGUUACGUGCUUAUUAUGAUUAUGUGGGCAGCAGCCGUCUUCGCUACAAUUGUGACCAUAGAUGCCUGUCUUCGGCGCAGUACAUCCUCACCUCCGCCUAUUCCCAACACCAACGUCUUCGUUAGCGUAGGAGAACGACUACCCCGCCGCCCGCCGCCGGAGGUUCGGCUGAAUGUAAGAACCUUGGAGGAAAGCAUAGGAGAACGACUACCCCGCCGCCCACCGCCGGAGGUUCGGCUGAAUAUAAGAACCUUCGAGGAAGGGAGCUUAAGGGCGGGAGUGGAGGACGGGUGUGCAAUUUGCAUCACAGGGUUCGAGAAGGGCGCGCUGUCCACCGUUCUUCAAGCCUGCGAUCAUAAGUUUCAUUCCGACUGCGUCUCCGUUUGGUUGGCCAUUAACAAAUCUUGCCCUCUCUGCAGAGCUCCGGCCGCUCAAGUUCCUUCCCAACCAUAAACGGAGUAGCUUAUCCAAUCUUUAGUGUAGUUGUUCGAAUAUUAAUUACAAAUUUAACAUUUAACCGCACACAUG